AUGAGUAUCACACAAGAGAGUGUGGAGAAGAUCCGGGCUUUUGACGAAAGGGGCCGCAGAAUCGAGAAGCAAUAUGAGGAGGAGGUCCCUCUCAGCCCGGACGCCAUCCACUCCUAUAAUCGAAAGCUCGACGAAACCAUAAAAGGACUGCAGGGUCAUGUAAGGCGGCAAGAAGAUAUCUUGCGCAAGCUUCGGGCUUCAAAGCAAGGUCUCGAGAUCCCUAAACCCGGGUCAGAGUUGCAGGCCCGUCUGGCCCAAACCCGGCGGGCAAAGAAGGCGUACGACGCGCUGCUGCAAUCGGAGCCUGACCUCCCCGCACCAGACUCUCCUCUACCGUUGUUGAUUGCCCUUCGGGAGACCAAGCGAGUGAUCGAGGAGAGCAAGGCGUCCAUAGCGAGCCUACAGGAAAGCCUGACGAUAAACCGCCAGCGCCUGAAGGCCGAAGAAGAUGACCUGCGUGACGCGAAGUUGAUUACGCAAGGUCUGGAAGACCGCAUUCAGCGACUACAGGAUGAACGCGCGCAGAAAGCAACGAAAGAUCCUUCACAGCUCGCCACAGAGCUCAUCGAAGCGGAGCGUAGAAAAAACGCUGAGCUUGAUCGAGCCACGGCACAGCUGAAAAGGGCCCUUGAUCGCUUCAUAGACGAGCACCUGGCCUCGAUGCUUGCGGCGGAAGAUCUAGGCGGGCCUAUUGUCGGAGACGCCAUGGAAAUUUCUGACGCUACGCUCGAGGCAGGCUACACGCACUACGGAAAGCCAAAGAAACCGAAAUCCAGCACCCAGGAGGAUGGCGAUGAUCCCACUCAACAACGAAUCGAUCAAUUUAUCCGGCGAGAGAGAGAUGGAAACGCAGCAGCGCCGGCAAACAAAAGGGAAGCUGCCGCAGCGGAAAUGCAUGCCCUCCUGGAUUCGUUACUAGAGUCUGGGUCCUCUUACAUUGACCUGCCUCGAGAAUCUGCCUCCUCCAUCCGCGUGAUGCGCGACGGAUCAGACUGA